GCAAGAACGCCAAGCUUCGCCUUGAAGAAUUUACCGAUACUGGCAUUAGGUGCGGAGCUAGUGUAGCUUAUUGAUUAGUUAUGGGAAGCUCUUGACAACUGAUAGCGUGUAACUUGUAUGCGGCGCAAAAUGUGACGAAUAGUACGCAGAUAAAAACAAUACAUUAUAUAUAUAUUUUUUAAAUAUGUAGUUUAAAGAGACGUUUCUGUAAAAUAUUGAUUCAUAACACCAUGCAGCCGUAAACUUAAACUCCUUCGAAGUGGAUGUGUAUUUUCAGCUUCAGCACUUAGUUUGAACAAGAUGGAAGUUAUCACACCAUAAACGUUCUGCGGUGACUGACGAGAUGGGAAAAUGGGAGAUAUCAAUGAACCCAGUGCAGGAGUGGGGGGAGGAGUUUGAGGAGGGGGCGUUGUAUGGGAUCACCCUGCGUCGGGAGCCCGUCCAGAUACCAGCCAGCCCCACCGAGGCCCGGCCAUGCGUUGCCUUCGUCCAGUACCGAACCUGCAAGGUGCGCAGGCUGAAGGCAGCCACCCUGAACCGGCUGGUGAGCCACCUCCUGGACCCCUGCUGCCAGGAGCCCGACUACAGACGGAUCUUUCUGUCCACCUACCAGACCUUCACCACUACCAGUGCACUCAUUGAGCUGCUCUUCCAGAGGGACAAUGGGGCUUCAGAUGUGUACAACAGUGAAUGUCACAGGAGGUGUCUGUUGCCCCUGAUCCAGACUUGGUUGGAGGAGAACAGUGAGGACUUCUGGGAUCCUCCUCAGCACCCCUCCCUAAGGCUGCUGAUCGACCACCUGCACAGCCUGUCCUCCUUCUGUUCACUGGCCCAGCGCUCUGAAACUCUGCUUAAUAAGUUCCAUAGAGAAGAAAUGGAUACUGGUGGCCAUUCUUCCCAGGCUGAGGUUAAUCAGGAAGAUGAGGGCUCAGGGGAGAAAGUCCUAGAAUGGGACAGCCCACUGGAUCAGGGUGACAUCAUGGACUUCUCAGUCACAGGCAUUGCAGAACAGCUCACCCGACUGGACGCUGGGCUAUUUGGGAAGGUGGUUCCCUACCAGUGUCUGGGCUGUGUGUGGUCCCAGAGAGACAAGAAGGAGAACCUGUCUGCUACCGUCAGCGCCACCAUUGCCCAGUUUAAUGAAGUCACCAACCGAGUUAUCACCUCCCUGCUCUGCCGGCCCACCUCCAGCCCCACUUCCGUCCACAGGGCCUCCAGCCCAGCUCAGAGGGCCUGCGUCAUUGAGAAGUGGAUCAGAGUAGGACAGGAGUGUCGGCAUCUGAAGAAUUUCUCCUCUUUGAGGGCCAUCCUGUCUGCCCUUCAGUCCAAUGCUGUCUACAGGCUGAGGAAGACAUGGGCGGCUGUGUGUAGGGACAGCAUGGCCAUCUUUGAUAACCUCUGUGAAACCUUCCCUGAUGAGAACUGUGUGUUGAGCAACAGAGAGAUCAGUGUGGAGGAUGGAAGCCAAACAGCCAUGGAUAAUAUUUCUCCCAAGAUAUCCAAGCGAUGUCCUAUUGCCAGACAGAUGAGCACCUCCGGUGGGGUGGUUCCUUACCUGGGCACGUACCUGACUAUCCUCACAAUGCUGGACACUGCUCUACCAGAUACUGUGGAGGGGGACCUCAUAAACUUUGAAAAGAGGAGGAGGGAGUUUGAGAUUCUCUCUCAGAUCCGGCAGCUCCAAGCCUCCUGCUCUCAGUACAACCUGCCCCAUCACACCAGGAUCACUGCCUGGUUGCAGGGCCAGAAGCUGCUCACUGACCAGGAGAGCUAUGAACUGUCCAGAAACCUGGAGCCUCCAAUAGACCUCUGCUCCCCAAGCGCCCGGAGCCACCGUUUGCUCAGCAAGAAACUGUCCUCACUCCUGAAAGUGAGUGAGGGAUCCAGCAGGAAAACCCAUGCAGACGAGAUCAGUGUGUCGUCUUCAGGGUCCAGUGGCUCUGAGAUGGAGGAUCUCUCCACCCCUCCCUCCACACUCCGACUGCAGUCUCUGUCCAGCUCCUGUCAAAAUGUGGCGGAGGCCUUGCCCUCCUCCCCGGAUGGCUCCACUCCCUCCAGUUGUUCCUCCAGUUCUCAGCCUGACCUCUCUGCUCCAGUGGCUGCCCACCCUAAACCCAUGCUGGCCUCUCAUCACAAGCGCUCUGUGUCCAUGACCUCCCUCCCCCUCUACAACAGACAGGUGGCUGACUCCUGUAUUGUGAGGGUCAGUGUGGAGGCUGGCAAUGGCAACAUGUACAAGAGCAUCCUGCUGACUAGUCAGGACAAAACUGCCCAGGUGAUCCAGAGGGCCCUGGAAAAACACAACCUGGAGCACCUGACCUGUCAAGACUUCACCCUCACACAGUUGAUCUCCCAGGAAAGAGAGUUGCUCAUUCCGGACAAAGCUAAUGUCUUCUAUGCCAUGUGCACGUCGGCGAACUUUGACUUUGUUCUGCACCAGUGUCCACUGGGUCAAAGGAAACCUCUGUGCGCUACUUCCAGCCUUGGACGUUAUUCAAAGUAGAGACCGUUCUAUGGCAAUGAUGAGUAACUGCAAACCAGGACUGAGUUCAAAGGAUUUUGUACAGACAUUUUGCUGUUUUGUUUUUAAUAACUUUAUUUUAUGACAAAAAUCAUGUUUAAAUGUUCCAUGAUGGACAGACCCCUGCUUGGUUUGUUGUCAAGUGGGUGCCAUGAGAGGAACAGGUGGAAGAUGAUAGUAUGAUGGCACGUCAUGUAAAAUACACGUGUGGUGUAUAUACGUCUGAAGACAACAGAUUUGGGGCUACAUUUUGAAACCCAUUGAACAGAAUGUCCUUUAUUUAUUGGUGGAGCGGAACUCUACAUCAAUUCCACCAUUCAACACUCAACAUUCCUCACAGACUUCCCUGAGGUGCUUUACUUUGUGGAAAGGAGUCACGUUGGAACAGCAUCAGCAGUGACUCUCUCCCUCAGUCACACACCAAUAUACAGACACUUAUAGUUGUUUCCUAUUGUCUCCUCUCCUCUGAGCAAAACCAGUCACCUACUUGUUUUAAUGAGAGAGAUGACUGACGUUUCCCAACAGAGAGAGAGAACCCAUGAGCCUUAAAAGGAAAUUAGGUCACAGGAGACGGCCUACCACCUGAGAAGUGGAUGGGAAUGUUCUCACCCGGAUCACUAUGUUCACCAGGGUAUCAGCCUGCCGUCAUGGCGAUACUGAUUGGGGCUGUGCGUGCGAAAGGAGGGGCUGCCCUGACUGGCUGGAUAGCAUUCCACAUACAUUACAGUCAGUUGCUGUAGAGGGGACACUGACAAACAUUUAUGGACUCAGGCUGUCAAAGUUUUUAAAUGAUGGUGAUAAUGAUGUGUGUGUUGUAAAGGGUUCUUGGUUGCAUUUCAGUGUUAAUACUUAGUUUUUUUCCUGUUCUUUUUACAUUGUUUUCUAUUUGUCUCCUAUAAUGCUCUUGAUGAUUAAGUGGGCCUCCAUGGCUGUGUUGCCUAGCUUAACGCUACCCAAACUCCUUGCUCCGGCCAAACGCCACGCCCACGGACGUUAGUUUCUCCUCCGCAAUGAGUCUGGAUCUGAGUACCUCCCGAUUUCUAGAAUGGAAAUCCAUUCUAGACUGUCUGAUUGGUCCCAGAAACCGAUGGGUUGGGCCAGAGCCAGAACACGUGGGUAAAUCGGCGUUUUGAAAAUUCGUCAUUUGCUUUGAUAUGCUGAUGGGUUAGAGAUGAUCCAACCGCUGAUGCCUUGUUUUGUACAACACCCCUCAAUUUGACGUCACCACAAACUAAUUCAAUGAUCGCACUCUCAGACUGAAGUCUGUUACCAACGAUAGAGCAGCGGAAGAAUUCAGUUUGAGUCGUCAGGCAAGGCUGUGUGCACUUGUCAAUUGAAUAUACAAAUAUUCUGAAAAAAAUAUAAAGGCAACAAUUUAAACUAAUUUUACUGAGUUACAGUUCAUAUAAGGAAAUCAGUCAAAAUAAAUAAAUUCAUUAGGCCCUAAUCUAUGGAUUUCACAUGACUGGGCAGGGGUG